AUGGAUGUUCAAACUGAACCAUUGGAUCUGUCAACGAAAUCUGGGCAAGUGAACAAGAUAUUGAGUAUAAUUGAUCUGAAAUUCCUCGCGGGGCUGAACAGCCACCUGGCGCGCCUCUACGAAAGAACGAACGUGGUAUGCAGAAGAGAAGGUGUGUGUUUGCCGCCGAGAAGCGGGAGUGUGAAAAAUAUACUGCCUUGCCAAGUGUGCUUGAAGACCUUCGACAGACCCUCGCUGCUGAAGAGGCAUAUGCGGACACAUACCGGUGAGAAACCGCACAUCUGUAACGUGUGCAACAAAGGAUUUAGCACAUCCAGUUCCCUGAACACGCAUCGCAGAAUACACACUGGAGAGAAGCCCCACAAGUGUCCAGAAUGCGGCAAAUGCUUCACAGCCAGCUCCAACCUGUAUUACCAUCGAAUGACACAUACUAAGAACAAGCCUCACAAGUGCGCGUGGUGCCCGCGCUCCUUCCCCACGCCGGGCGAGCUGCGCGCGCACACGGCGCUGCACGCGCGCGUUUAA